GAGGAGUAAGUGAUUGGACGUUUCUAGACUGAGAUUGAUCGGCUUUGGUUGUUUCUUUCUUCAGGUGUUGUUUUUUUGAUGGUGCAUUUCAUUAAUGGGAUUGGUUGAUUGCAUGUGAAAACUUGGUACAGCUCGUUAGUUUUCUUGGAGAAAUCCGGUUCCUUUUUUGGGUUUUGGUGCUUUUUUUUCGAUCAAUUUAGAGAAGCGAAAUCACUUUUUCAUCUAUCGAAUUCAAGGUUUCAACAGGAUUGGAAUAUAUCUUCUUUCUUGAUUUGUUUGGAGGUUUACUCGUAGGAUUUGUAUUGAUUUCCAGCAACAAAGCGCUGGCCUUUCUUUAUGUGGGUGUAUGCAUGCGCGUGUUUUUUGAAUGAUAUAUUUGGUUUUUGAAUCGUGUUGGUGCCAUUGAAAGCCGGAAAUCGGUGGUUUUGCAGGAUUUUAGUUAGUUUUUGCCUAGGGCUUUGCUGUAAUGGCUCCCCUACCCAUGGAGAAUUCGGCUUUGAAUGGCUCGUUCCUGGUCCUAAACUUGGGAAACAACACUGUUGGAUUGGGCAACUCUUCUGCAUUUCCGGUGGCUUCGAAUGCUUUCAAUCAGAACACAGUAGAGAGGACUCCCAAUCUUAAUGCUAUCUGCAAAAUGGACACUUUGUCUAAUUCAACAGAGGAAGCAUCAUCCGCAUCAGAAAGUCAUAAAGGUAAAAGAGCCUCCAGGGAAAUGGAGGAUCCGGAUUGGGUGCCAGAGAAGAAGGCCAGGAAGAGCAGUGGUUCAGCUAGCAGAAUGGCCAGACCAAAACAAGGGACAUCAGUCUGUAAGAAUACUUCUGAGAUACCACCAAUAGAAGACAAUAGUAUGUUUGGUUCCAAAUCAGGACCGCCGCCCCCAUACCUAGUGAACCUUCUGCAAUUCUUUGGGUGGAGGGUGAUAUUUCGACCUGGCUUUGGUGACUACAUUUACAUCUCUCCUAAUGGUAUUGCUUAUUAUUCCCUUCCCAAAGCAUUUGAGACCUUUCUACAUGGUACUUCAAAGUACAAGGAGAAGGCAUGGAGUGCAUCCCAAUUCCGGGAAAACAGGGGGCUUGAUGGGAUUUUUGUUGGAGGGCUCUCUGCAAGCAAUGUAGGCCUGCAAAGUGGAGCAGCGGCUGCUGGCAACUUCAUUGCAGGGCUCCCUGCUAGCAGUGCACCCCUGCAGAGUGGGGUUGCAUAUGAGGGCAGCAGUAAGAAGGGGAAAGGCAUCAAGACAAAGAAUUCUGCAAUCAGAGAGAAUGUGGAGCGUGGAAUGACAAGCCAUGCAGGCCUGCAAAGUGGAGCAACAGCUGAUGGCAAUUCCGUAGCAGGGCUCCCUGCCAGCAACAUACCCCUGCAGAGUGGUGUUGCAGCUGAGGGCAGUGGUAAGAAGGGGGCAAUCUUUAAGACAAAGAAUUCUACAAUCAGAGGGAAAGCGGAGCCUGAAAUGACAGUUGAAAAGCCUCCUCAGCUAAAACAGAGCUCUGUCUAUAAAAUCAGCAAGGAUUCAUCAAACAUACCGGGCACAGUGGUAUCUGAAGGAGUGAACCAGGUAGUUUCAUCAAGCAUGGUAGAUGAGAAAACAAAGUCACAUGUUGAAGAUAGAUGCUUGGAGAGUGAAUCCAAGCAGAUGGCCGGUAGGUGCAGUUUGACUACAGAAAAUGACAGGCCCUGUACAAAUGGCACAUGCCAAGAUGGAGAAUUGCUUGAAGUAAGGAAGUCUAUGCAAAUUAGUGGGAGACAUGUUCCUGUAGGAAGUAAAGUGGAUAAUGCAGAAACUAAUGGCAACUGCUCAUAUUUGUCUACUUGCAGAGUCAGCGGAAAUGCGGUAAAGGGAAAGGGGGAGCAGAAAUUCGCAACUUCACAAGCAAAAAUUGUGCUUGAUAACAUGCCUAAAGUACGCAUGAUAAAUCAAUCAUCGAACAACGAAGUUAUAAAGUCAAAAUGCAGUAGUAUGAGUGUUACAAGAAAUACACAAAGCAGCAAAACCAGUGUGGAGAAAGAUAACCAAGUGGUUGGAGUUAGGAGGUCCAAGCGUGUGAAUAAGAAAAAUGUUCCAGUGGAUACAGAAGUGCAUGCAGAAUUGAUGGUAGAAAACAGCUUGGCUUCCUCUAAAUCUGUUGUUGACACAGCUGCUAGAAGGAACAAGGGGAAGUCAUUAGCUUCAGAGAGCGUGCUAGAUGACAAGAUGUGUUUUAGUAUGACAGGCACAAGCUCUGGUUCUGAAGCUCAAAAACUGGACUGCAGCAAUGCAAUCCUUUCAUGUCAAACUGAUGUCAGUGAUAUGCAUCAAUCUGGUGAUGUACUUGGAGUCAGGAGAUCUGUGCGUAUAAAUGGGAAACAUGUUCGUGUAGAUGAUGAAUUGGAUGUAGAAACGGGGGUUGAUGACACCUUUUUAGAUUUGUCCACGUUUGCAGCCAACACAGUGCUGAAGGAUGAGGAAGAGCUAAUAACUAAAUUUUCUGAACUAAAUGACAAAGAAGGAAGAAGUCCUGAAUCAGAUAACAUGCAAUUGAAGCAAACCAAUAGUAAGAAAUCGGACAGCCAAAUAUUCAGAACACAUGAACAGGUGGAGAGUCAUGAUUCUAGGAAUAGUGACAAGGCAAAGAAUCCAGGAUCAGAAAAAUCCUCUGCUUCUCAAAAGGAGAUUGAGGUGGCUAAAAGGAAGCCAGCUGGUGGUGGAAAUUUAAAUACAAAACAAAAGAAAAAGCAGAAUCAUGGAUGCAGUCUAAUUGUUAGGAGGAAUGGAAAAGAUAAUCACCACGGAGAGAUCUUGCCACAAAGAAAACUUACUAUACUAUCUUGGCUAAUUGAUUUUGGCAUUCUAACAGAAAAUGAAAAGCUUGUUUACAUAUCAAAGAACAGCAUGGGUAACAUUCUUAAUGGUUUGGUAACUAGAGGAGGAAUUUGGUGCGACGAUUGUAAGGAGGUUGAGCCAUUGUCAAAAUUCAAAGCUCAUGCUGGCAGUGAUCUUUACCUGCCUUGGGAUAACAUUUUCCUAAUGUCAGGAAAAACAUUAACACAAUGCCUCCUGGAAUCUUGGGAGAAGGAAAAGAAACGUCAUAAAGUUGGUUUUCAGACAGUAGGAACUGAUGGUCCAGAUCCCAGUGAUGACACUUGUGGGGUUUGUGCAGAUGGGGGACACUUGAUAUGCUGCGAUAAUUGCCCUUCGACUUUCCAUCAGGACUGUGUGAUGCUUAAGACUCUUCCAGAGGGCACUUGGUACUGUCCAUAUUGUCGAUGUGCCUUUUGCAUGGUCGCUGAGCAUGGAUCAAAAGGAGUUCCUGACACUUCAGCUUUGCUUGUGUGCAAGCAAUGUAGACGCAAAUAUCACCAACAAUGUGCCUGGGGGAAUGACAUUAAUGAGAUGGAUUCAGCACCAAUUUCUUUUUGUGGGAAAAAAUGCAAGAAGCUGGCUACUCAAUUAUCAGAUAUGCUUGGUGUCUCAAAUUCUAUGGAAGGGGGGUUUUCAUGGACUUUAUUGAAAUGUCUGGAUGAAAAUGAGGGAGUCAUCACUCAUGAGAGGCUACCUUUUAUUGUGGAAUGCAAUGUAAAACUUUCCAUGGCUCUCUCUGUACUGAAUGAGUGUUUUGUUCCUCUUGUGGAUCAAAGGACAGGUGUGAACGUGAUUUGUCAAGCACUUUAUAACUGUGGAUCAAAUUUUAAUCGUCUGAAUUAUGAGGGAUUUCAUACCCUAAUUCUGGAGAAGGAUGAGGAAAUUAUCUCAGUAGCUUCACUGAGAUUCCAUGGGACAAAUUUGGCGGAAAUGCCUUUUGUUGGUACUCGACCACUGUACCAAAGGCAAGGAAUGUGUCAUCGCCUUCUCAAGGCAACUGAAGAUAUGUUAUCUUCAUUAUGCAUAAAGAAUUUGAUCAUUCCUGCCAUUCCUGAUCUCUUGGAGAUGUGGAUGAAAUCCUUCUCCUUCAAACCUCUGGAACCAUCCUUCAAAGAUGAGAUCAGGAAUUUGAGCAUGGUUGUUUUUGCACGAACAAAUUUGCUUCAGAAGUCUAUAUGCAACAUUAGAGCAGUGGAUCCAGAAGAUAUGCAGACUGACAAUAGCAUCAAGCAUGGGAAGAACACACAGAAAAAUGAUGAACCACCAAGCACUUUUGGUGAGCAUAGCCAGACUGGAGGUUCUGUUACAAAUGACCAAGAUUGGUGGAGUUAUGAGUAUAACACAGAGGGACUGGAGGAUGACAUUCCAGAUCCUUGGAGAAUGAAUGCUGAUUUUUCAGAGAUUCAGUAUUCCAAAGUUCCCAAUGGAUCUGCUUUCAACAGUUUGCCUCCCUAUGACACAUCAAUGACAAAUCUGGAGACCCUGUCACAAAGUCUUACUGCCGCACCUCUCUCCUUUCCACCUGUUAAUAUGGUUCUAGACCACAAUCCCUUAGCUACAGGAAUCAUAUCUACACCAGAUAGUCAGCUAAAUAGUUUGCAAAGUGCUACUGAGGCAAGAGAUGCCCAAUAUGAUGCCGUAACCUGCACCCUCUCAUUUGAGAAUCUAAUCAGAAUGAGAAGCUAAAUUCUUCCUGUGGCCAUCAUUUUGUUUUGUUACACUCCUGUCCUUUUGUAUAUGCAUAUUUUGACUAUCUAGAAUCUGCUAAUUGGCAAUCUUUGCAUUUUUCAAUUUUUUAGCCUUGCAUCAUUGUUGAACAUGCAAGUUCAGAAAUACAUACUGCAGAUAAGAAACAGUUUAGAAAGAUCCAAAAAUAGUUAGCAUUGUGGGGUCAUUUUGUAAUAGGGGCUUACUCCAGUAACAAUCAAUUAUAGCUUUUUAUUUUGAUCUCA